UCUUCCCAACAAUGCCAUUCUCCCGUUUCUUCCAACAUCUUCCAAUGGAUUCGGCUUUGAAUUCCCCAGUUUUUCAUCAAACACCUUUCACUCAUUCUCAAGUUUCAUUCCCUUUCUUAAGUUUCAAAACAAUCCCUUCCCAAUACCUUACCCUCAACAAACCACCCACAAUCUUACGCUGCUCUACUUCUUCAACGAAUAAUAGUAAUAACAGCAACAUGGCAGGGCUUUCUGUUAAGAAGAAGAGGAAGCGGUAUAGGAAACAAUACCCUGGAGAGAGUCAGGGCAUUUCUGAAGAGAUGAGAUUCGUUGCUAUGAGACUCCGUAAUAUUAAAGGUAAAAAGGUCGCUUCCAGUAGUGGUUCUGACACUGAAAAUACCCAAAGCGAAAAAGAAGAUGAUGGUGAUUCUGAAACGGAGAAAAGAAAUGACAGUGGUGGUGAUGGAGAGGCGGAGACUUGGUGCCCCAGUAUGGAAGGGUUUCUUAAGUACUUGGUUGAUAGCAAACUCGUCUUCAACACUAUCGAGCACAUCGUUGAUGAAUCUAAUGACGUUUCUUAUGCCUAUUUCAGGAAAACUGGAUUGGAAAGAUCAGCAUGCCUUUCUAAAGAUCUAGAAUGGUUUAGCCAACGAGAUUUUGUGGUUCCUGAACCUAGCAAUCCUGGAGUUUCGUAUGUCACGUAUUUGGAGGAAUUAGCUGAGAAAAGUGCUCCACUUUUCUUGGCCCAUUUUUUCAAUAUUUAUUUUUCACACAUAGCCGGUGGUCAAGUGAUAGCUAGAAAGGUUUCUAAACAGCUACUUGAAGGGAUGGAACUGGAGUUCUAUAAAUGGGAGGGUGAUGAGCAAGAAUCAUUGAAAGGUGUCCGGAAGAAGCUCAACAUGCUUGGCGAGCAUUGGUCUCGAGACGAUCAAAAUAAAUGCUUGAAAGAAGCAGCAAAGUCGUUCAAGUUUUUGGGGGAGAUAGUUCGUUUGAUAAUCUUAUAAAUGAGAUUGGUUUCAAUCAAUGCUCUGUUUAUUUGCAAUCCAUUGACGUAGUUGUCUUAUUGUCGGUACAGCCUACAAAUGGAAUAUCGAUAUCAGUGUCAUGCAUUCAAGAACAUUGAUGUGCUUUAGUGGUGACAUUGUUACCCGGGGACACAGACACUCGGCAAAGGAAACAACCUUUGUUGAAAGCCAUGAAAAUGGUGGCGACUGCUGUCUCUACUGAAGAUGUGUGAAAAUAAACGGCAAGUUUGACAGUGGUAAUGUUUCUUGUUCUUGCUUGUUUUGGUUUUAAUGUAACAUGCAUGAAACAGUGAAUUUAUCCUAGUGGGUGCAAUAAUAUGCAGGAUUUCGUUAAAAAAGGAGGUCCACUU